AGCACCGCCUGCAAUCUUGGGGACCACUCGGCCUGUUAGCCACAGACAUCUGGUGGCGGAUUCCCACUGCAUCAAGGCCUACCCAUCGGUGAGGGUCUGCUGUGGGCCAGGAAGACUCCAUGCUGGGCUCUCCCUGCAUUCUGUGGCUCCUGGCCGUGACCCUCUCCUUGAUCCCCAGAGCUCAACCCAUGGCCCCUCAAGACUUUGAGGAAGAGGAGGAAGAUAACACGGAGUGGCCGCCUGUCCGCUGCGACUACGACCACUGCCGCCACCUGCAGGUGCCCUGCAAGGAGCUGCAGAGGCCCGGGCCUGCGGCCUGCCUGUGCCCAGGGCUCUCCAGCCCUGCUCAGCCGCCCAACCAGCCGCGCCUGGGAGAAGUGCGCAUCGUGGCGGAGGAGGGCCGCGCCGUGGUCCACUGGUGUGCCCCCUUCUCCCCGGUCCACCACUACUGGCUGCUGCUUUGGGAAGGCAGCGGGGAUCCGCAGAAGGGGCCCCUCCUCAACGCGACGGUCCGCAGAGCGGAACUGAAGGGACUGAAGCCUGGGGGCGCUUAUGUCGUCUGCGUGGUGGCCGCUAACGAGGCCGGGGAGAGCCUCGUGCCCAGGGCCGGCAUCCCCGCCUUCGGGCCUUGCGGCCGGCUCUCCGUGCCGCCCAGACCGCUCACCCUGGUGCACGCGGCCGUGGGGGUGGGCACGGCCCUGGCCCUGCUCAGCUGCUCCGUCCUGACCUGGCACUUCUGCUUGCGCGACCGCUGGGGCUGCCCGCGCCGCGCCACCGCCCGAGCCGCGGGGGCGCUCUGAAAGGGGGUUGGGGGCGUCUCGGGCACCCCCGCGCCACACCUGCAGCGCUCAGCCCGGCUGCCGGCUACCGGGGAGGAGCGGGGGACCUGGACGGCAGCGGCGGGAGCCAGCCCCGGGCGCCUGGGCCACAGCUGCGCCUCGGUGCUGUGGGCCGAGAGCUUGUCUAGGUCCCAGACUUGUCGCUCUGUUUCCUGACCGAGGUUUAGGAAGGAGCAGAGGGUCAGCAAAUUUUUCUUUAAAGGACCAGAUAGUAAAUAAUUUAGGCUUUGCGGGUUCCAGAGGAUAAAAUCGAGGAUAUGAUGUAAAUAUUUACAUGACCAGUUUGAAAUGUAACCACUGAAAAAUGUAAACACCAUACUUAGCUCAUGGGCCUUAAAACUCGCAGGUCAGAUCUGACCCACUGGCUGUCCUUAGCUGACCGUUGUCACAGACUCUCAAAAGCGCUCUGCCACUGUGGAUGGCUUCAGGGGGAUUUUGAGAAUAAGCCUCUGCAGGAUGGGAGUUUGGUGCUGGAGACCACCCCCUUCUCCCCCACCUUUUGUUUAGUUGCUGGGGACGAGCACACCUGAAUCAGCGUUUACCUGUGUCUGAGCGAAAUGACCGAGGUGGGGUGAAGGGAGGGACGGCCCAGGCUUCUGUCUAGGAUGAGCUU